GAUGCUCUGAAACCUCGUCUGACGGCUCUAUACGUGGUGCGCUUGAAGCGGUAGCAUCGUCGUAUUCUCCAGGACUCGUACGGGCAGCGGCUGGCUCAUCUGUGCAGUCACAGCUGUGCAACACGCAACCUUGCUGGGUGCAGCCCAUUAAAGUUGCCGCCAAUCCGCGCAUCAAUCGUUUCACAACGCUAGCGCUCGCGAAUAGGCGUGCAGGAUGCUGUACGAUGCCGCGUCCAAAAAAUCAAAAAAACCGUCGACCGGAGCUGAUGCACAACAGCCAAAGCCGAGGGCGCGCAGCAUCGCAUCAGGCGCUGCGCCCGGUGACUCGGAGAAAGAUUAUAUAUAGUUUUCAAGCUGAUCCGCGAGAGAAGCUUCGCAUUGAACGGCUGCCAUUCUAUCGCCGCCGACGCGUCCACGCGCAGGCGCUACUUGUUCCUGGCGACUCUCACAAACGCGUGGCUCCUCGAGUCGUUCCGCCAGGCGCCGCCGCCACAGGCUAUUGUCGAUGCGCGGGCGAUCCGCGACGCUCUACGCAACGCGGGCUACACGUCGCGGGCGCUCGGCGCUCGCGUCCUAGGCGGCACGCCCGUCGCCGCGGCCGCCGCGCCGACCCAGGUCUUGAGGCGCACACCGGAAGGUAGGGCGCCGCCGCGCGACGACGAAGUCGACGCGUUGAUCGCGUUGUUCGCGCUGGGGCUAAGCGUGGAGAAGGGAGAGCUCUCGGCGGCGACGUACGACGCCGUGGCGCCCCUGCUCGCCGAGGACAUGACGGCGCGGUGCAUGGUCGCGCCGGUAGGUGCGCUGCGCGACACGGGCGACGACUUAUAUAUACUGACCGACUGGCCGCCCGAGAAGCGCCUCAUCACGGACGAGGAGCCGUGCAUGUACCUGGGCCCCGACUCGCUCGCGCUCGCGGACCUCGCGUCGUCUCUGGCCAAAGGCAAGCGCGUCGCGGACGUGUGCGCCGGCUCCGGGAUCCAGGGCCUCGUCGCGACGCGCGCUGGCGCCGCAUCCAUCAGAUGGGUCGAGGCCGAGGCCCGGGCCGCGGCGUUCUGCCGGCUCAACGGCGCGCUGAAUUGUGUGGAGGGCGACGUGGUCGUGGACCGCGUCAAUGAUGUUGCUGAUGGGACCUACGACCUCAUACUCGCGAACCCGCCCUACGUCGCCACGCCUUCAUCGUUGUCGUACGACGCCUUCGCGGCCGGCGGGCCCGACGGCUACGCCGUUCUUUGUGAUGUCGUCACGUACGCUUCAAAGCAUCUCGCGGAGGACGGUUUGUUAGCUUGCGUCUUCGAGCUGAACGGCCCUCCAGAAACACUCUUCGCGAAGGUCGCCCUGGCCUGGGCGAGCGGCGGCGCCAUGCAUGCGCGGUGUUGUGUCGUCCACGAUGUGUUGACGGAGCGGACGUCACCAAAAGCCGUCGCGGAAAGGAGAGGAGGCGCCCAAUCGGAAGCGUGGCUCGCGAACUACCGCGAGCAAAACAUCAAUUGCGUCGCGAACGCCGUGCUGCUGCUCGGUCGUACAAGUGGAGGGGGCUUCGACUGGGCCGAGGGCGCGUGCGGCCGCGCGUGGGCGCCGCCUCCCUCCAAUGUCGAGGCGCGGCAGGCCGUGGACCAGGCUUUGAGGUGGGUGAGGGAUGUGUAAUGUGUGUGUGUGUCUGAGUACGGACCUCGCGUCGAUGGCGUGCUGUGGGGGUAG